CUUUGUACACUCCGCCCUCUCUCCCCAUCUCUUUCGACAGAUCUCUCUCUCUCUCUUUCUCUCGUAUUUCACGAAACAAUGGCGACUCAAUUCAGCGCUUCUGUCUCCAUGCAAACUUCUUGUCUGGCAACAACAAGGAUUAGUUUCCAAAAGCCAGCAUUGAUUUCCAACCAUGGAAGGACUAAUCUCUCCUUCAACCUGCGCCGUUCUAUCCCAUCUCGCCGCCUCUCUGUUUCUUGCGCGGCAAAACAAGAGACGAUAGAAAAAGUUUCUGAGAUAGUGAAGAAGCAGCUAUCACUUACACCGGAUAAAAAAGUCGUUGCAGAAACCAAAUUUGCUGACCUUGGAGCAGAUUCUCUCGACACGGUUGAGAUAGUGAUGGGUUUAGAGGAAGAGUUUAACAUCCAAAUGGCCGAAGAGAAAGCUCAGAAGAUUGCCACAGUGGAGCAAGCUGCUGAACUCAUCGAAGAGCUCAUCAAGGAGAAGAAGUAAUUUAGCCCCAAAAUAAACUUCAAAAGAAGACGACAAAAAAAAAAAAAAAAAACAGGGCGUUGAGUUUGUUUUCAUUAUGUUUGAUCUCUUUUAUGUGUCUAGCGAGUCUGUCUUUGUCCCAAUGGUUUAGUAUCUGCAUUAUGUAUCCACGGAUUUCUAUUUGUCACCUUAAACUUUUGGUGCCCCAACGAAUAUCAUUUACAAUAAAUCUUUCUUAUUUUC